AUGAUCUGCGUGGAAUCAAAUCACCAGCGGAUUUCGUUCGCGGGUGAUCUCGGGCAAUCAGAUAAAGAACCUCCUAUCGAACAACAACCAUCAGGCCAGGUUCGAAGAGACACAACUCUUUUAGAUUCAUCAAACUCAGAUUUCGAGUUCCACAUUUCAAGAAACUUUGAUCCCGAAGAUUCCUCACCAGCCGACAAGAUUUUUGCAGACGGGAUGAUCCUCCCGGUCCUUCCUUUUCAAGUAACCACUCCAUCCGCCACACCAAAACGUCUCUACAAGUACGAGCUCCCUCCUAUCGUCUCUGCUCCUUCCUUACUGUCCUCUUCCCCUAUUCUUCCUCCUCCGCCAUUGCCAUUGCCUCAACACUCGAGAAAAUACAGCGAGAAGGAAACUCCAGGAAGCAGAAACGGUCGUGGGAGCGGAGCAAAUUCAGACUCGGAAGUAGAGAAAUCAUCAAAGUCGUUUUGGAGCUUCAAGAGAAGCUCGAGCCUUAACUGCGAUAUAAAGAAGAAUCUUAUCUGUUCGUUUCCUCGUUUGACAAGAAGCAAUUCCACAGGAUCAGUGAUGAAUUCGAAGAGGUCAAUGCUAAGGGACAUUAACAAGCAUAGUUCGCAGAGACAUGGAGCUCCACGACCAGGAGCAAAUCCAUCAUCUCGUUUGUCUUCUUCCUCUGUUUGUUGCAGCUCGUAUCAGUUCCGGCCACAAAAGCAGGCUGCCGGAAAGAAUGGAGGAGGAAGCUUUCGGAUUACUCCAGUGAUCGGUGGUCCAUCUCCGUUUGGGUUAGGAUCGAUCUUGCGACUUUCAAAAGAGAAGACGACGAAGAACAAGUAA